GUUUUGCAAAGGGCACUGAAGUUUGCUUCAUCCGACCGCUUUUUUUCAUACAGGGUCAUAACUUUAACACCCACUUCUGGAGGGUGUGGUGAUGCCUAAUCUUUCUAAUCACCACCCAGCCUCCCCAAGGCUUCUGCACAGCCAACACUUAGCCAAGGAUGGACUCUCUGCCGCUGCUCAUCUAUUUGUGUGCUACAGGUAAGUGCCUCCUUAUUGUUAUUUGGAAAAGCGGAGUCUCUGAGCUAGAACAGAAGUACUGGGGCAAGACCAGUUGAUUUUCUUGUAAACAAAAACCCACUAGGGCAGAGCAAAGCAGAAGUACAUGACAGAGGGCAAAUCACUCACCCUUGAAAAAGAACAGAAUGCAUAGCAGUGGACACUUUUUUAAAACUACAGAAUUGGAUCUGCUAGCUUCAGCCAGCAGAUUAAUCAGCUAAAGCUGGGUUGAUUAAUCAUUGGGGAUAUUUGUUACUAUGGUUACUGUUGUUACUGCUGUAGGAAAUAACAAAGGUUGUAUAAAGGGGGCUUUCCUGCUACUUCUAUAUAAUAAUAAUAAUAAUAAUAAUAAUAAUAAUAAUUUAUUAUUUGUACCCCACCCAUCUGGCUGGGUUUCCCCAGCCACUCUGGGCGGCUUCCAUAGAAACCAAAAGUACACUAAAAUAUCACACAUUAAAAACUUCCCUGAACAGGGCUGCCUUAAGAUGUCUUCUGAAUGUCAGGUAGUUGUUUAUCGCUUUGACAUCUGAUGGGAGGGCGUUCCACAGGGCAGGCGCCACUACCGAGAAGGCCCUCUGCCUGGUUCCCUGUAGCUUUGCUUCUCGCAAUGAGGGAACCGCCAGAAGGCCCUCGGCGCUGGACCUCAGCGUCCGGGCAGAACAAUGGGGGUGGAGACGCUCCUACAGGUAUACUGGGCCGAGGCUGUUUAGGGCUUUAAAGGUCAACACCAGCACUUUGAAUUGUGCCCGGAAACGUACUGGGAGCCAAUGUAGGUCUUUCAAGACCGGUGUUAUGUGGUCUCGGCGGCCACCCCCAGUCACCAGUCUGGCUGCCACAUUCUGGAUUAGUUGUAGUUUCCGGGUCACCUUCAAAGGUAGCCCCACAUAGAGCGCAUUGCAGUAGUCCAAGCGGGAGAUAACCAGAGCAAUGUGGUAGCUUUUAUUUAUUAAAUUGUAAGCGUUCUCACAUUUCCUCUAGUAUCUGAAAAGACCCAUGUAAUGAAGUUUGAUAACAUUCAAGUAUUGAAAUUCAAACAGUUCUCUAAUAUGCAGAUAAUUAAUCAAUAAAAAAAAAUUAAUAGCUUGACAUCCCUAAUUUUCUUGUACCAGCCCUUCCUAGAGAUAUAUUAACUGGGUUCUCACAAACAUAUCCGUUACUGUUAAUCUGUGAAGAGGAAAACAGGCUUGUUUUACUGGUCCCACCCAUUAGGACAUGUAUGCAGGUAAACUUCAUUUGUGUGGCUGGGAAGGGAACCCGCCAGAAUUUAGGGGUUCUUAUUAUGUGCUGAUAUCCUAGAAAUGUGAGGGGGAAUUCUGUAUAGAUCAUAUUUAAAAGUGGACUUGCCUAAUUCACACUUCCCCAAACAAUUUGCAAACUGAAACACAGUGGAGGAAAUGACUUGCAAAAAUGUCUAUAUUAGGCAAAAACUGCAAACAAAAAUAUUUAUAUUGAGAGAAAUCCACUUUAAAAUGCUGGUUAAUUUUUGUGGGGGCUUUAGAAAAAUAAACAAUUGAAGUGAUGUGAAGUUGGAAGGAUGGAAAAAUGAGAAACUGAACAGGAACAGCUGGCAGGCAGGGAAAGAGGGCUGUGUCCUGCCUUAAAUAGGGCAGGCCAUGCCCCCAGAGCCAGCCGAUUGGCUGGCCAGGGGAUGACGAGGCUGGGAAUCCCCCCAAUCGCACGGAGCUGGGCUCCAGCCACCACGCAUGGUGGGGCCGUGAAGCCCACAACUCCACCUCCUUAUACAUGAGACCCUUAUACAUGUAGAAGCUGUUCCGACCUUCCAAUGGAAACAUGGAAGUCAGAGAUGGAACCAGUCAGUUCCAUGCCAUGCAAUCAUGUCCAUGAAAAUGGUUGCAUGUGAAAUGCCUUUGAAAAUGGAGGUUCCAUUUAGCUCUUAUAUCCAUAUAUCAUGAAAUUGUCCUCACCAGCCUUUCAGCUGGUACAGUGGUGGGCUUGGGGAAGCUAGGGAUCGGGAAGCAGGUUUAAUUUUGUUUGCAUUUUAAUGAGAAACUUUCUAAUUUGCACUUCUCAAAAUGCAGCUAUCCUUUGAAAUACAAUUGUGUGAUACAGUUCUGCAACCAUUGUUUACAAAAAUGCAUGCAUUAGGGGAAUAUAUAUAUAUACAAAAGGAAUAUAUUAGUGAAAAUGAUGUUCAAAAAUGCAUUGUACUAGGGAAUAUACUGACAAAAUGUGUAUUUUUAGAUUCAGAAAAAGCGUUUGACUGGCUAGAGUUUGACAGGCUAGAAAGACCUUUUCUGAAAGAAUGUAUGAUCAAAUAUGAUUUUGAAUCUGAAUUAUGUAAAUGGAUAUGAAUUAUCAAUAAUGCUCCAAUAUCAGAACUAAUGAUCAAUGGCCAAAGCUCCUCAUUAUAACAGAUGUGCUGUUUAUAAUGACUUUAGAAAUGUUAGCUGGUGCUAUCAGGCAAAAACAAAAAGAUACACGACAAGGCACACCAAAUAUAAAAUAAGUUUAUAUGCAGGUAAGGUGGCUAUAUUUCAAGAAGUAAAACUCCAGACACAAUGGUUUUGGGGGGAAAGUUGUUGUGCUUUUUGAUGAUAUCCAAAAAUUCUGGGUGCUACUUCAGCUCUGGACGUAUGGCAACCCUAUACACAGGUAAUAUGGUAAGAUUUCCGACAAAUAGAGAAGAAUUAUUGCAAUAAAAUUAAAUAACAUUUCAGGUAUAAAGUUAAUUUAGCCAAAAGUUAAUUAUUCUCCUUAAAUGUUGAUAUUGGGUUGGUCAAGAAGAUAAAUGGAUCAACAGUUAGAACAUUUGUGAAAGUAAAUAUCGCUUCAAAAUGGCAAGAUCUUUAUGAGAUGAAUCGCCAUCCUCUGCAGAAACAAGAACAAAAAGAUCUAAUGAACUGGGAUGAGGCAAGCCAUUCCUCAUUGGUAAAGAUAUAAGAAAAAUGAAUAUAUUUCCAAGAAUUCUACUCUAGCUACAAAACAAGAAACCAAGAGUAUCUAGGAAAGUUGCUAAUGUGAAUAAAACUAAGGUAAGCUGAGAAUUCCUGAGAUGUUUUUAUUAGGACUCUAAUAAAAUUAGAUUGAUGGUUAAUUUUAUUAUUUAUUUAUUUAUUUAUUUAUUUAUAAUUAAAUUUCUAUACCACCCUUCAUCUGAGUGUCACAGGGCAGUUUAUAAUAUAAAAAUACACAGCACAGCAGCAAACAGAAGCAAUAUACUCUCACACAUACACAGUUUAAAAGGCCUGGGAGAAGAGGACUAUUUUUGCCUGAUGUUUAAAGAUAUGUAAAGAAGGUGACAGGUGAGCUUCCCUGAGGAGAGCAUUCCAUAAAUGAGGUGCAAUGGUAUAACUCGCAGGAAAGAUGUAACAGGCCAAUGGAAGAAUAGUCAACAAAAUCUAAUAUCAGAAAUAUUUUACAGGCAAGUGGGAAGGAUAGAAAAAUAGUGUAUGGGAGAGGGUGUAAUUUAUACUCAAUACUUAGUCAAAGUAUGUAUGUAGGGCCGGCAUAUGUCUGGAAUUUCUGCCACCCCCAAAAAAAGCUCAACAACUUUUGUGUCUGGAUUUUCACUUUUUGAAAUAUGGUAACCCUAAGGUAUAGUACGUUUAUGUGUGUUUUGGAUUAUGCAAUCGAAGAAGAAGAAGAAGAAGAAGAAGAAGAAGAAGAAGAAGAAGAAGAAGAAGAAGAAGAACUGCUGCAGAAAUUUGGAGGACUGAAUUUGAAAUGGAAAAGUUAGCAACUGAGAGAACCAAACUUCACAGAUUGGUCCAUCCCUGACAGGAGCUUGGCACAAUAAACCAAAAUAUUACAGUGGUACCUCGGGUUACAUACGCUUCAGGUUACAUAUGCUUCAGGUUACAGACUCUGCUAACCCAGAAAUAGUGCUUCAGGUUAAGAACUUUGCUUCAGGAUGAGAACAGAAAUUGUGCAGCAGCGGCGCGGCGGCAGCAGGAGGCCCCAUUAGAUAAAGCGGUCCUUCAGGUUAAGAACAGUUUCAGGUUAAGAACGGACCUCCAGAACGAAUUAAGUACUUAACCCGAGGUACCACUUUAUACAAGUGCAUUUGACCUCACCGAUCAGAGCUGGCCUGCCUGUGAGCUAGGCUGAGGCAGUAGCCUCAAGGCAGCAUGGCUUCCCCCAAAGAAUCCUGGGAAUAUAUACCGUAGUUUUCGCUCCAUAAGACACACUUUUUUCCUCCUAAAAAGUAAAGGGAAUGUCUGUGCGUCUUAUGGAGUGAAUGCCUACGGAUGGCGGCAGGAUCCCACUGCAGUCGCAAGCAGAGGAUCCAUAUGUCCCUCAGUCAUCAGACUCUUCUUCGGCCAGAACCAUGCAACUUAGUCAUUUCCUCCCUCCCCCAACUUCCUGUCACCAAGGAUCUCUCUUCUCUAUUUGUUUCACAGGAGGGCCUAUGUCCGAGGCCAUAGCAUGAAGAAAAUGUGUUGCAAGUACUAGCUGCGUGGGUUUGCAGUGUGACCCAGCAUAAACAAAUUCAAAGGUCACAAAGCCAGUUAGUCUUGCAGAGAUAACCAGACGGUUACUUCCUGAACUGCAUUCUGAAUAAUUAUGCUUUCAGCAUCCUAAUUUUCCCCCCUACAUCAGCCACCCAUUGCUGUCUCAUGCCCUCCUUCACAUACACCCAUUCCCCAGAAAUUGUGAUGUAAACCUCAUGGGGCAUCACCCUUUUUCUAAUUAGAGCCUUUGUGAUUUGGACAGUGUACUAAUGGGCAGAAGUUCAACAGGCCUAGCUUUUCCCUUCUCAUCACCAUAACUCCAUUGUGUUUAGGUAAAGGAACACCUGUUGGAUUUACCUGUCAUGCAUUGUUAAAGGCACGGUAUCUUCCUCAAGAUCAGGAUCCACUAUCAGAGAAAAAGUGGGGAUGUUAUGCUUGGAAUGAGCAAAUAUGUCAUUAUUGCUCUCUCUCCGUUUCUCAUUUUUCCAGUCUUACGCUCACCCCCUCUUGCCUGACAAUAUGCAUUGCCUGCUGCUCUAGGCACUGACCCAAAGACCUAGAGUGAGCAAAAAAUUAAAUAUGAGAGGAAAGUGGGCCACAUAUAGAGAUUUAUUGACGGAAGUAGAUAACAGAGUAAGCAAUUGGUUUCUCCUUACAACUGCUCCUAACAAAAUCCCAGUUCAGGGGAGACCCUCAGAUGCCAUUUGCCAUCUAGCAGCAGCAGAUCAUGGCCAGCCCACUAGAAUUCAAGACACCUCCUUACAGGUGUCUCUUGAUCACCCUCAACUAUGGGUUGCCAGACCCAAAGUUUGAUAAUCAUCUAGGACAGGGGUAGCCAAUGCGGUGCCUUCCAGGUGUUGAACUACCACUCCCAUCACUUCUGCCUAUUGGUUGGGGGGCUGAUGAGAAGUCCAACAACACCUGGAGAGCAAUAUGUUGGCUACUCCUGCUCUAAGAUUUAGCUGGUUAAUCUAGCCCAGCAUUUGCCAAACUAUUUUGGCCUCUUUGGGGUCUCCUCCACCCUGGAGAGAGGCCUUAUAAAGGCUCAGAACGUGGGCAGAACUUCAAUUACAGCACCAGCCUUCAAGCACACCAGGGGAGAGGCUCAGACUGUGAUAGGAGGUGUCCUUCCCUGCCAGGUCUUAUCGCACACCAGAGAGCCUAUGAAGUGGAGAGGAGAUAAAAAUGCUCAGAGUGCAACAAGGGCUUUACUUCUCCAUUCAAUCGUAUUAAACAUAAAAGAAUGCACACUGAAGAGAGUAUUUACAAAUGCCCAGAAUGUGACGCUAGGCCUUUGGGUGAUUAAAAUUUGAUGUCCUUUUCAAUGGGUUUGUGGGGUGUCCUUUUAAACUGGUUUCCUUCGGCUUUCAUUUUUAUUGUACAUUUUGUGUUUUUAUUUUGUAUUUUAAUGUUGUCAACUGCCCUGUGAUCGUCAAAUGAAGGGCAGUAUACCGAUUUAAUAAAUAAAUAAAACAAAUAAAUUCCCUCUUUCUGUAUAAAAAAAAGCUUGAGGAAGUUCUUUGAUCAUCCCCUGCAGUGCUGACGCCAUGCCAUGGAUUCAGUUUGGAUACCGAACAGCCAACCGUCUUCCAGGAAGCAGCACUGGGCUUUGGGCAGAGUGUAGCGCAGUUCGGAAGCGGAAGAAAUGGAGGGUAUGCAACUGCUGGUUCUCUGGGUCCUUGGAGAGCUUUCUGUCUCAUCAUUCAGUCCCCAGGAGUGGCAGAAGAGACAGCCCUGAAUUGUCUCCAUGUGUUUUUGCUCCCGCAGGCUGUUGGUUGGUGCCCCACUCCAGAAGGGGGGAGUGAAUGAAACGGGUAAACUCUACAAAUGUCAGCCGGGGCCAAGAAGAUCAGGCAGUUGCCAGGAGGUCCUUGUGCAAAGUGAGUAUGUCACAGGGUGGAGUCUGUGUUCCUGUGGAGUUGCAAAAGAAGAAGAGAAUUGGGAGCCAAGACUUGUGGCUUAAGUCUGGAGCAAACACCCAAGGCUGUGUGCCUCUCUUCUGUGAUUCGGCAAUCGCACUGCCCAUUGAGCAAGAACAGAAAUUGGCUCUGAGAAUUGUGUUGAAUCCAAAGGGGCCAGACUUAAACAAUGCAUUCAGUGUGUGAUCACAUUUCUGUACCUUUCACAAUUUUUGUUAAUAAAACAGCAGCCAGAGAAUGCCUGACCUGGAUCUAGAUCAAGGUGCAUGGGUGGUCAAUCCUUUCCUUCUGUGCUCCCCCCCCCACACAAAAAUCUCCAGCUGCACCCCCCACCCCCCCAGAAGCUGCUAUUUGUCCCUGAUAUAAGAGCAAAUGAUUGAUGAUAUCAGGGGAGGAAUAUGGAGCAGAAUCCCACUAUGAAGAAUGAGCAGGAGGGCCCUGAAACAUUGCAAGGCUAGCUUACCAUAAGGUUGCCAGACGUCCCUGUUUCCUUGAGACAGUCCUUGGAUUUACAAAUCAGUCCCCAUACAAAAUCCAUUGAAGUUGAAAAGUGUCCCUGGAGUCAUUGAAAAAAAUCUGGUAAACUUAGCUUACAACAUUUGGAAGUGAUUCUGGAGCCUUUCCAACAAGACUACCAAGUCCAGAGUCUAAGGCUGCGUACAGACCACGUAUUUAAAGCACCCCCCAAGAAUCCUUGGAACUGUAGUUUGUUAAAUGUGCUGGGAAUUGUGGCUCUGUGGGGAGUAACUACAGUUCCCAGGAUUCUUCGUGGGAAGUGCUUUAAAAUGUAUGGUGCAUCUGCAGCCUCUACAUAUAUCUAAUGGCACUACCAGGUGCAAGAAACAGACUGAAGAAAAUUUGGAGUAAAGCUUUGCAUUCAGGCAAUGGCAUUGAAGAGUUUACAUUGCAGUCUGUAUCUGGUCUGAGGUCCCGCACUGCUGCUAUUUUUAAAAGCAAUUUUUAAAAAGUAAUGGAAAUGUUUUCAGGCAUUACUGUAUUGUCUAAUUUGACCACUGUUUAAAGUCAGAAUGUCAGGAGAAGUCAGAAUUCCUAAGAUGCAUAUUUUUCAACAUCCCCAGUGGUCCAGGAACUUAGGUUUUGUGGUACCGCCCCAUAGUAGAACAGUGCCCCUGUUUCGUCCCCAUUUUUGUGUGUCAGAGAGAUGCUGAGGUAUGCUUUUAGAGAUGCACUAAUGAUAACAAUGUGCAAGGGGGAUUGUGAAAGUUCAAGAACACAUUCUGGUCAGGCAAAACCAUCCAGGCAAGGCCCUGAGCAGGACAGAUGAGGAGUGUGGCCUGGGAACAGUCCCAAAGUUGAGAUAGAGAUGUUUAUAGGGCUGCAUUCAGCCUCAGGGCUUGAGGUUCCCCAUGCCUGCCUUAGCCCUGUGAGAACAUUGGCAUAUGGAGCUACUUUUGAUUGACAGGAGCAUUCCAAGGCAGUUAAAAUCCGUUAAGUGUCAGUUAGAAUUUGAAGCGGGGAGGGGCGAUUAGAAGCUGUGAGGCUAGUUAGAGUUUCUGAGGGAAGAAAAGCCAGAGCAAAGGGAAGAAAGAAAGAAAAUAAAUAUUUAGAAACUCAGGGAUUAAUAGUUGGCUAUAACUACUUCAUAGGGAUUGCUGGCUAAUGAAAUAACAUCUGUAGGUGCAUUCAUAUUUUUUUUAAGAAAAAGCUAUUGGCAGGUUUCUUAGGCAACAAUUGUCUGCUUUCUCCAUGAGUCUGAAAUAUAUUUCUACUUAACACUUUUGCGCUGUGGCAUAAAGAUUAUUUAAAUAUGUUUGCCAAGAGAAAACAAGCCAAGCCUAUGCAUAUUUAUUUACAGUACUCAAAGAGGUUUACUCCCAAGUAGUCAGUCAAACAUUUGUUUGUUUAAAACUAAAACAAUGCAAGUAAAUUUGCAUAGAGUUUCAGCCUAUGAUGUAAUAUAAAUGCUCUAUUAAUAACAAACAAGUGUUCUUGCAUUGAUAAUGGUAAUAUUCUGUUAGCCUUAUCACCUUAGUACACAUUUCUCCUUUCAGGACCCAUUGAUGCUGUGAACAUGUCUCUCGGUAUGUCUGUCUCUGUCCAAGACUCCCAGUUGCUGGUAAGCAGCAAAGUCCAUGUCAGGGAUACAGGUUCCCUCAGAAGUACCUGUAUAAACACAAGUUUAGGUAUCUGUGCUUCUUUAAUUUUCCUUUCAAUAGCCUCCUAGUAACUGGGAUGGUAAGCUUAGGCAUGAGAUGGACACUAACAGGAUGAUCUUUUAACAAAUAUUAUUGGUUUAUUAAGGGGAUACUAUAUACAUAAAGUGAUAGUGACACAUUAGAGACUUAAAGGUGCUUGUUGGCAUUUUCCGAAGACUCUUUUACCUCAGGUCAAUUUCCAAAAAACACCACAGACAAAGACUCCCACCACCCAGUGCAGCCACUGGGGACAAUCUGUACCCCAAAGCUCCUCUGGUUGUACUCCAGGCUGUUUGGACAGUUUAGCCAACUUUUUAAAAAGCCACUUGUGUCACCUUCCUCUGAUAAGACUUUUAUGCAGGGCAGCUUCUUAAGACCAACUCAGUCAUCACCUCCCUUCCCCUGAUCUUCCCUAGAAAAGUAUUGAUAAUAUACUGGGUGGACACCUCCAGGCCUCAGUAUUCCCCAUAGCUUUUCUCUGGUGUGUCUUCCCUUCAACUCCCUAACUGACUAAACUCUCAGAUAUGCCACUAAGCAAUAAUAAUAAUGUCAAAAAGCAGCUGCUAAUAAAAGGCCUGCAACUUCAUAACACUACAAGCUGUCAAGAUUUACCUCAGAAUAUUCUUUCUUUCUCUCUCUCUCUCUCUCUCUCUCUCUUUCUCUUUCUCUUUCUCUUUCUGAAACACCGCUUCUUAAUUCUGUACCACCCUACUUGUAGGUAUAUCAUGGACUCAUAAUGUGAAUACCAGUUGCUGGAUAUCACAAGUGGGGAGAAUUGCUGUUUCAUUCAGGUGCUUCUUUCAGGCUUCCCGCAGGCAUCUAGUUGGUCAAUGUGAGAACAAAAUGCUGGACUAGAUGGGCCAUUGGCCUGAUCCAGAAAGGCUCUUCUUAUAUUUUUUAAGUGAGCGAAGGAACCCUCUCAGUUAUUUCACAACCCUACAUCCAACCUUAAGUUCCCUAAAUAAUUCCUUAAUUUCCUUAGGAAGUUGCAAAAACUUUCCCGAUGACCCGUGGAAAGGAAGGUAGCAGCAGGGUGAAAAACCUUUGACUAUAGUGACAGUGAAAUGCUGCUGUGAGGAACAUGCUCAACAGAUCACUACAUCAAGAUAAUUGGGUUUGGAAUUUUCUUUCAAAUGUCUGCCUUGUCUGCCCCAUGGCACAACCCCCUCCCCAACAACUGACACUUUACCAUCGUGCCUUUCUGUCUCACUAUGCCAGGGCUUGGGUUCAGCUCCCCCCUUAGAACCUCAUCUAAUGCCAGGGUUUCAUUUAAGAAGGGCUUGCCUUUGAGCAUAUCUAGAAUGCCUUUUUAUUCUAGCUCAGUUAACCAGUUGCCAGCUUAGUCUCCACACAUCUGAGCAUAACUGUACAAGAUUUUCAAGUCUAGUAGUAUGGUAUCUGCACAGGUUUGAACUCCAACUCUAUAAACUAACUAACUAGCUAACUAGCUAACUAGCUAACUAGCUAACUAGCUAACUAGCUAACUAACUAACUUAUCCUUACCAUCUCCUCACCAUUACUGAUGACUGUCUUGGUUCUGCAGGUGUGUGGUCCCACAGUCCAUCAGACCUGUGGGAAAAACAUAUACCUCAAGGGCUAUUGCUUUCACCUGGAUGAAAAUUUGAGGGAGAUACAACACUUUCCUAAGAACCAAACAGGUGAGAUUGAGGUGCAAGGAAGGAAUGAGCAAAUAUCAAAGUUAGAUACCACUGAUGGAAUGGCAAGGGAAGGGAAGGACUAGUGUUUAAACAACUCACUGGCCUGAAUGUCUAGAGGCUGGGGGAGGAAACAGAGAUUGGGAACAGGAUAUAUGGAAGUCCCAGGUAUCAGUUGUAGUAGUUAUGUGCAUUGGUGAAUGUUGAUCACAGGUUUUCUGGCAGUGGUUUUCUACUUUUAACAUGUAGAAACUCAGCUAGAUACGCUUUUUCAAGCAUGGGAGUGCAAUGACGGGGAAGAUUUGCCUGUUAAAUUACUGCUUAUCACCACACAGGACCACCUCUUUGGUAAAAAAGGUGGCAACCCUUUGGUCAGACUUUGGAUAGUAUUCAAAUAAAUCCUGAACUCAAUGAACUUAAGUUAGUCAUAUCCAUUAACUUCAAUGGGUCCACUCUGAGUAGAACUAACAUUAAAUACGACCUUUUUUAAAAAAAGAUUGGGUCAGCUGAACAGGUUAACUAGCUUGGAAAUAUCAGUAGGCCUUCCCACUACAACCACUAGUAGCCAGAGGUACCCCCACCUAAAAAAAAAUAAUUGUGAUUGUAUAGCAUGAUGACACAAGUGUUAUGUAAGUUUCUUGAUUUUGUGCCCCUCUUUUACAUGCCUCAAUCUCACCUCUCCACCAUUUAACUGGUGUUUCCUCUCCUAGAAUGUUCAAAUCAGCGCUCUGACAUAGUGUUUCUGAUAGAUGGUUCAGGAAGCAUCAAGCGCCACGAGUUUCCACAAAUGAAGACAUUUAUAUCGGAGGUCAUAAAGCGUUUUGAAAAUACUGACACCCAGGUAACAUUGGGGUGUGGGGUAGUUUUCUUUUCAGUUUCUGGCAUGGAUUUUGCCUUUUUCACAUCUUCUUCACAUGGAGUGAACAUUUUCAUUGAGCUAUCUACUACAACCCCAAGGUAUCAUUCCUGGUCAGUCAGUGCCAGUUCAGACCCCAUGAGUGUGUAUGUGUAAUUAAGAUGUUUUUGCCCAAACAGGCAUCACUGUACACUUGUUUACAUUGAAUUGCAUUUGCCAUUUAACUGCUCUUUCACUCACAACCACAUUUCCCCUAUGUCAUUGGUGCCAAUGUGCACCAUGACCACUGAUUCCUCCCUAUCUACCAGGCUAUCUAGGUAAAGGACAACAUCUCUCUUUUGUGCCAGGCAGGCAAUUCACCUUGUGGUGCUAUGCCCAUCACACACUUUCUAAUAAUUUAAUCACCCGCUACAGGAUCCUUCCACCCCCAGAGAAAUACUGUAUUUUUUGCUCCAUAAGCACCCGACCAUAAGACGCACCUAGUUUUUAGAGGGGGAAUGCAAGAGAAAAAAUAUUUUUAAAGGGAGCGCUGAGCCGCACACACGCUCCAUACAGCUCAUGAAAGGGAGCGUGGCUCUUGGGGGCUUUUCCAGGAGAUGGGGGAAGGGACUGAGGGGCUGCCCUCUGUCCCUUCCCCCACCUCCUGGAAAAGCCCCCAAGAGCCACACGCUCUUUAAAGUGCCCUUCUCCCACCUCAUAGAAAAUCCCACAAGAGCUGCGUGGAGCCUGUGUGCAGCUCUUGGGGGCCUUUCCCGCCUGCCUCCCACCUGCAUUCGCUCCAUAAGACGCACACACAUUUCCCCUCACUUUUUAGGAGGGAAAAAGUGCGUCUUAUGGAGUGAAAAAUACUGUAUCUUAGGAUGAGAGGAUAGCUGUUUGUCCCACAAGGAAUAGGUCCCUUCUAAGGGAAUGUUUCCCUCUUCCUCAAAAUGACGCUCUCCUUUCCCCAAGACCCUCAUUCUCUCUGACAGCAGGGGAACUAUCAUUAAGGGAGUGGGGCACAGCUACUGAAGGUUUCAUGCCUCUUUUAGCUUUUCCAGGUCUGCUACCUUGGCCUCAACAGAACAAAUGUGUUUCUGGACUCAUAUGUCUGCUUAACUUGCCUUAGUGCUUGGUCAGCUGGAACUGAGACACUUCAUCAGCAGGGGCUUCCUAUAGCUCACUUUAAAAUAUUGUCCAUCCAUCUGGUCAGUCUCAAAUUCCAAUUUCUACCCUGCCAACAUCACACAGUCAAUCAUGGCAACAUUCAAAAAAUGCCAAUUAUGUCAGAGUAGACACUAUGAAUGAUGUAUUUUAAAAACUAGUUUAAUUCUCAACUCACAACUCCCCUUCAAAACUGAGCAAUAAUAGGACAGAACUACUGGUUAUUAUUGGAUAAGGUUUCAUCUAAUUGUGCCCAUCACUUGAAUGCAUAUCAGUAACAGCGAAAAUCAUGCCAUAUCAGUAUACAGUGGUACCUCGGGUUACAUACGCUUCAGGUUACAUACGCUUCAGGUUACAGACUCCACUAACCCAGAAAUAGUGCUUCAGGUUAAGAACUUUGCUUCAGGAUGAGAACAGAAAUCGUGCUCUGGCAGUGCGGCAGCAGCAGGAGGCCCCAUUAGCUAAAGUGGUGCUUCGGGUUAAGAACAAUUUCAGGUUAAGAGUGGACCUCCAGAACAAAUUAAGUACUUAACCUGAGGUACCACUGUAUGUCAAUUCAAAGGUCCACUGUGAGUUGGGCAAAUUCUCAUAUCCAGAGAUCCAUUACCAGGCUUCAGCCCUGAGUGCUCACUGGGAGGACAGAUCCUGAAGCUGAGACUCCAAUACUUUGGCCACAUCAUGAGAAGAGAAGAUUCCCUGGAAAAGACCCUGAAGUUGGGAAAGAUUGAGGGCACAAGGAGAAGGGGACGACAGAGGAUGAGAUGGUUGGACAGUGUUCUCGAAGCUACCAGUAUGAGUUUGACCAAAGUGUGGGAGGCAGUGGAAGACAGGAGUGCCUGGUGUGCUCUGGUCCAUGGGGUCAUGAUGAGUCGGACACGACUAAACAACUAAACAACAACAACAUUACCAGGCUGUAUUCCAUGAUUCAGCAAUUCUGCCAAAGAAGCACAUACAUAGUUUACAUAUCCUGGGAAUUUUAGAGUUCUGUUUUCCUUUCUUUCUUCUAUUUAUUUAAAGCUGGUUUCUAUCCGUUAUGACUGCACUUAAAUAUAUGUGGGAAAGUCCUGUUGAAAUCUGAGCAGUCAAACAGAGUCUUAGGCAAUCUUUACAUAAGUAAAGUCAUUUUCCCCUACUGCAUUUCAAACCACAUUUGCACAGUUUUGCUCAUAUCGGAGAAGAGGCAAGUAUGUCUUCACCCAACACACAUGGCCUUUCUGAUUUCUCCGCCCCUUCCACACACACACGCACACACAGAGAGAACUCAUAUUCACAAAGCUGUCAUCUGUGCAUAUGCGCUCCUCUGCGCAUCCGUGAAGGGUGUCCAAAAUAUUCACACUACUGCUUACUCCGCACCCAGUUUUCUAGUCAAAUUGAAGCUGGUUUGAGGAAAGACAUGCAUCAAACUGCUGUAUUUGUCAGGAAACUACAGGAUCAGCAUAGGUUAUGGCUAAUAUAGUGUGAAUGUGGCUUAGAAAACAUGCAAUGUGAAUGCACUGGAUGUAGAGUAAGCAGUAACAUGACCAUAUUCUUGUUAGGGUUUCUAGUGGCUCACUGACUGAGCAGAUUUUUUGUGACUUGAACAACUUUUUAAACCCUUCCUAGGUUUACUAGAAACUCAAUUUAGUAUUGCAAAUGGAGGCAACUUUGCUUAAUGUGCAGAACUUACAUAGGUUGCAGGCUUCAGAUUUUCUUCCCACAAAAUUUGGGUUCUGCUUCAAAUUGGAUACUGUGUCAGAUGAGAGUUUAUACAGCUUUGGUUGCAGCUUUCUGAUCAUUCCUCAAAACAGAGCCAAAUGGAUACACUUCAUGUACAUUAUUUCCCUCAUAGGGAGCCAGAGAGCCAGUGUGGUGUAGUGGUUAAGAGCGGUAGAUUCGUAAUCUGGGGAACCGGGUUCGCUUCCCCGCUCCUCCACAUGCAGCUGCUGGGUGACCUUGGGCCAGUCACACUUCUCUGAAGUCUCUCAGCCCCACUCACCUCACAGAGUGUUUGUUGUGGGGGAGGAAGGGAAAGGAGAUUGUUAGCCGCUUUGAGACUCCUUCGGGUAGUGAUAAAGCGGGAUAUCAAAUCCAAACUCUUCUCCUUCUUCUUCUUCUUCAUCAUGUAUCCAAAUCCUUUCCUCAGUUUCCACUUAGCUGCUGUAUCUAACAUCUUUCACUCCCAUUUUAGUUUGCCUUGGCCCAGUAUUCAAACCUAUAUCAAGAACACUUCAACUUUCUUCAGUUCAAGAACACUCGAGAUCCCAAUACACUUCUUAUACCAGUUAGACAACUGUUCGGGACUACUCACACAGCUACAUUUAUACAGAAAGUGGUGUAAGUAUCUCCUUUGUGUUCAUCUGUUUCUGCAUAAGAUACUGUGUGCUUCCAUUCAGUUUGGAAUUAUCAUCUGUCAGGGUUCAGGGAAUCCUUUCCCUCCCCCACUGGCGGCAAAAAAACCCCCAAAACCAAAAAAACCCAAACAGGUAACAAGAAGAGUGCUUACCACGUAAUUUAUUCAGGAUUUACACAGAGAGAGAAAGGAAUGUACUCCCUAAUUAAUCAAUAGCGUAGCUCUGAGUAAUCUCCUCCCUCCUUUUAUGUCAUUUGCAGCGUCACCCCUUCUACGGUGGCUGCAUGAGGCCCUUUGUCUGUUUGCAUUCUGCUCUUCCACUUUUACAGCCCUCCUGGUUCUAGGAGAAGUGGGGUUGGAAAUGCUAAUGAUAACGUCUCAGCCAGCUGUUCUGGAUCUGCUGCUUCCCCCUCCUCCCCUUCCAUUAUUUCCCAGCGCUGUCAUGUCUCAGGGUCAUGACCUUCUGCAAACUACCAUUGUAAAUCUAUACUGUCCUCCUCUUCUUGGGAAGGUUCAGGGGCGGGGGGGGGGGGGCUCCACCAUUGCUCUUCAGUCUAGUCCCUUACAUCAUCUUUCAUUCAGUCACUUUUUAAAAAGGAUCCGCAUCAUGUAAUUUCUGAAACACUGGUAUUCCAGAGUUUUUUCCUGUGUUAUUCUCUGAUCUUUUUUUAGACCUGAUUGGUGUUGAUUCCACACACCCACACACCCCACACACUUAAAAUCCUUAAGUUUUAAGCACUUAUUUUGUUUGCUACUUGGUUUGCUGCUUAUUUAUAACAUUUCACUUUAUUGCUUACUCAGCUUUGAUUUGUAUGUCACGUUUUUAGAACUCAAUGAUGUGUCUGAGAAAGAGUUUUGUUUAUUGUUUCGCCUUCAUAUUCCUUCCCCACCACCAGGCGUGAGCUCUUUGUCCCAGCAAAAGGAUCCCGCAGUGGUGCCUCUAAGAUUCUCAUUGUGAUAACAGAUGGAGAGAAAUUUGAAGACAAGCUGGAGUAUAGUGACGUGAUACCAGAGGCUGACAAUGCUGGCAUCAUCCGUUUUGCCAUUGGGGUAAGAAAACUAAGAAGCAAAUCCACAAGACAUUACAAGGAAGUCAGGUUAGAAGAGUGGAAUAAGUAAAACCAACUCCCCCUCCCUGCCUCCUGUACCUGUUAUGCCAGCAUGGUGUACAGUUAUUAGCAAGAUGGACUAUUUUAAUUCUGAAAAAAGCUUCACCUCUUCAUUUUGGCGAAUCAAGCUGUGGUUAAAAGCAGGCUGCUCUAUUUUCUUCUGGUCAGUUGGCAAUGAAUUGAAACAGUAUGGACAGAGCAAAUAGAAAGAAAUUUAUUUUCUCUCUCUCAAAAAUUCCAAAAAAAGGUAUUUCUUCUAAAUGCCUGUGAUCAGAGCCUGCCUGCCCAUGAGGGAAGGUGAAAUGCCCACCUCAGGUGGCAGAAAUGCAAGAAGCAGCACUCCACUAGUUUCACCAACAAGAGAGAGGUGUUCCAGCAUGUGGUGUUGCUGCUUGUCUUCCCUGCCCUAAGUGGAGAAAUCAAGUGAGCAGCAAUGCUAUGAGGAGUGCCCUGGCUCCUGACAAGUUUGGCAAGAGCUGGGGCGUUCCUGCACACCACGUUUGGCUCCCCCUCCCCAAUGGCAGAAGCAGAGUGGCAAUACUUUGAGGAGUGCUCCAGCUCCCACUGAGUUCAGAGAGAGCCAGGGUGUGGUGGCAGCAGAAGCAUGGGGCUAGUGGAAAGACAGAAGGUGGCAACUGGGAUAGCUCAGUUGGUAGAGCAUGAGAUGCUUAAUCUCAUGGGUUCAAGCCCCACAUUGGGCAAAAGAUCCCUGUAUUGCAGGGUUUGGACUAGAUGAUCCUUGUGGUCCCUUCCAACUCUACAUUUCUAUGGAUUCCUGUUUUGCCCCAGAUGGUGAAAUGGGAUGGGCCAUCCCUGGCGGUGAUGACACCAUAAUAAAAAUUAAAAGCGGCAUAUAAAUGAAUGAAUGAAUGAAUGAAUGGCUUUAUUUCAGCCACCAACAAGAGGCUGGAGUAAAACAAAGGUGGAGGAGGGAGUUGCAGAAGGAUAAGGGCAAGAGAGAGACCUCCCUCUCCAUAGGGGCCAGCCAUAUAUUUGAGAGUGGAAGUUGAGAGUUCUUCUUAGCUCGGAUUGCAAUCGACAGUAGAGAAGAACCAUGGAAGAAAUAGACACAGUUCAAAGUUGAGAUAUGUAUUACUAUAUGCCAGAUUUGUAUUCUAAGCAAGGCAGUUACAAAGUUUGGUGGCAUCAUUACUUUCAGUACAUUUCAUUCUCUACUUUGUCCCCUCCCCCUCCUCUCUGGCAUGCUGUUAAAGGUUGGAGCAGCUUUUUCUCAAGGCAAACCAAGGCAAGAGCUCAACACAAUUGCCUCUUACCCGCCCUCGGACCAUGUUUUCUCUGUGAACAACUUUAAUGCUCUCAAGGACAUCCAGAACAAGCUUGAGGAUAAAAUUUUUGCCAUUGAAGGUACCGAAUGCAGCAGGUGGUUCUAGGGAUCUAGAGAUAAUGCUAAGAUCUGUAGCUUUUGACUUGUGGUUGGGAGACUCUAACUCAGUCCAAAUCUGGACAUGAAUCUAGUCCAUAUUUUAUUGACCAUUACCCUGCCUAAAUGAAAUGGAGACAGCUCACAUUCACAUGACGACAAAUAGGCUUGUUAUGAGGUAUAUGUCUAGUUCUUUCUUACAAGAGGUAAUAAUUAAACAUGGUUGGUAACACAAGAUUAGUGUGCUCAUCUUUAUAUUAAAUAUUAGGAGGUGAGGAUAUUUACUUGUAGGUUCCAGGUCACGUUCAAGAGAAGAACUAGUAACAGAGUUAAAAUAGCUCCUAAUGGAGGUUUCUUUUUACGUUAAGCUAUGCCAACUGCACUGAUGCCAUGAUCUGCAGGAAUAAAGCAUGGAAACAGUUCAGAUUAGCAUACUGUUACAGGCUCUGGAUGCCAGCACUUCAACUACCUUUUAUAUCCCACCUUUUUCUCCAAAGAACUCAAAGUUCCUCCUCAAUUAACCCUCACAACAACCCUGUGAGGUAGCAAAAGGCUGUGACUAACCCAAUCUCCACUCAGCUUCAUGGCUGAGUGGAGAUUUGAACCUUGGCCUUUAGGUCCUAGUCUAACACUAACCACUACAUAAAGCUGGCUAUCUAGGGACCUCUCUUGAAUACCAUGUCACAUAGUAUCAUUCCAUUGUCUACUCCAGCCUUCACCAACAUGGUGCCUUUCAGAUGUUUUGGUACAGACUGGUGGGAAUUGUAGACCAAAACAUUUGAAAGACACAAGGCUGGCAAUCAGGAAUCAAGGUGUAUGAGGAGAAGAGGAGACAUAAAUCUUUCUGCUUGAAUCUAAUCUGAUCUUAGGUACUGCAUAAAUACCUAUGCAAUAGAUAACCUAUCUAUUGAUUUACAUGUCCUGCCAUUGCCAUAAUUUGGAGUAAUAUAUAAUUAUAUUGAUAUUGAAAAAUCCAGAUAUUUUUGGCCAACUUUUGAGAAUUGUCUAUUAGGAAACUCUAAGGGAUAACAUUAGGAGAAAAUUAGGCCCAGCAGGGUCCUAACUUGACCCAAAACAAUGCUGUUUCCCCAUAAACCACACCCAACUACCUCAAACCCUGAUGUCAGGUGGGAGGCAGGAAAAAGCAUGACUGCUUUCACUUUGAAGUCAAUUUCCAAGCAGUUUGUUUAAAAGCAAAUGGACUUUGAAGGUGAUGUUGUCACCCGGCAUAAAGUGACUGGUAUGUGUAAACUAGGCUUGCAGGUCUGUGAGAGGAUUAGGAUUUGGCCUACUGGUUAGUUUCUCACCUGUGUAGUAGAAUAUCUAUGUGAGGGAGCAGACAUUUUCCUGCUUGGUUUGAGAGGGUUUAACAUUCUCUCUGCACCUUCCCUCUCCAUUUAGGGUCUUGUUCUGAUCAACCAGAGGCUACCCUCUGCCACACCAAUAGGAUGAGGUUUCACCUCUGUCUACAAGACUCCAUCCUCAGUUAGCUAGAUAUUACCCCUUAGCUCUCAAGUUCUACCACCCUGCAUCUCUUUCUUCCCAUCUUUCGUCUGCAGGUACACAUUCCCAAGGUGGUACAUCCCAAAGCUCCUUCCAGUAUGAGAUGUCCCAAGAGGGAUUCAGUGCCUUGCUAACCCCGGUGAGUCACUUCAAUCCCCUACCUAUUCUUCCUUUUUUGUAGGUUGAUAAAUCUCAGCUUUCUCAUCCCAAUCCUCCAAAACAAGCUAAAUUUGGGCACGUAGAGGACCAGCCUGAUACACUGAAAUUUAGAUUUAGGUUGUACAGGACUCCAGAUUCAAAUGCCCACUUGGUUAUGAAGAUAUGGCAAAUCACUGACAGAAUGAACUCCUGCUAACACAAAAUGGAAUAUAUACGGUUCCAACUUUUGAAGAGCUAGGUAAGUUUUUGGAGUUAAGUCCUCUUGGAAGCCUGACCUGAUUGGGACAUGAAUUGGUCUGGCCAAUCCAGUGUUGGGAUGACUCUUGGAGACCUGAUUUGACCAAGCAAGGUCAAUGCAAUUGUGACCGUAGAACUGGCUCCUCAAAAAGUAAACAUUUUUUUAAAAAAAUAAUACUCUAGUAUAAUAAUAAGAGUGCUCAUGCAGUCUACAUUUUAGGAUUAUCCCCUCCUGCUGGUUAACACCAUCUCUUCUUUGCUGAUUUGGUAUUAUUAUCUCUUCCACUCCUUGUGAUGAAUUAGGUUGGACCCAUUUUGGGGGCAGUAGGAGCCAAUGACUGGUCUGGAGGACUCUUCCUAUAUGGGGACCCUGAUAAACCAGCCUUUAUUGAUGUGCCCAGCUCCACUAAGGAUAUGAAAGAUGCUUAUCUCGGUAAGUGUCAAAAACAAAUAUUAUUUCUUUUUUGUGCUCUAAGGCUCUGCAUGAAGUGCUGGAUGUGUUUGUCUAGUACGGUAUCUGGUAGGAAGUUCAGAGAAGUCACCCCUUUAUAAUAGAGGUGACUAAUCUGUGACCCUCCAGAUAUUACUGGUAAAAGGUAAAGGGACCCCUGACCAUUAGGUCCAAUUGUGACCGACUGGGGUUGCGGCGCUCAUCUCGCUUUAUUGGCCGAGGGAGCCGGCAUACAGCUUCCGGGUCAUGUGGCCAGCAUGACUAAGCUGCUUCUGGCGAACCAGAGCAGCUCACGGAAACGCCGUUUACCUUCCCGCUGGAGCGGUACCUAUUUAUCUACUUGCACUUUGACAUGCUUUCGAACUGCUAGGUUGGCAGGAGCUGGGACUGAGCAACGGGAGCUCACCCCGUCUCAGGGAUUCGAACUGCCAACCUUCUGAUCGGCAAGUCUUAGGCUCUGUGGUUUAACCCACAGCACCACCUGGACUAUAGUUCAAAUCAUCCCUGACCAUUAGCAAUGCUGGCUGGGGCUGAUAGGGGUUGGAAUCCAACAUCAUCUGGAGGGCCACAGGUUAGCUAUCCCUGUUUAUAGAAUUGGGCUCCUUUGACAUUUUAAUUUUCUCCUACAUACUUUUUAGGUCUGAACUUACACAAGACUUUUCAUACUACAAGCCCCACUUUAGAGUACCACUUUAAGAGGCAUGUGAUAUACAGUUCUAGUUAUAAAGAGGAACAUUUGCAAUGCUGUACAAUUGGGAGUGGGGAACCUCUGGCCCUCCACUUAUUCCUGAAUAACUAUCAUCAGCAUAGUCAGGGAAGGGAAUUGUUGUCUAACAUCUGAAGGGCCACAGGUUGCCCACUUCUGCUUUAUGUGAAAAUUAGGAGAAAGUUGCUUGUAAUUAUUCCAGUCUCAAAAGUCGCAACAUGAAUUAAGUCUAAUAUAGCUUCUCCUUUAAGUCAGCCUUCUCCAACCUCAUGCCUUAUUAAUGUUCUGGACAAAUGUCAUUAAAUCCAGUAAACUCUCAAGGAAAAUGAGUUGCAGCUCAAAAUGUUUUGAGCAUACCAAUUUAGAGAAGGCUGCUUUAAGGUUAUCUUACCCUUCAUGACAUUACUACAGGCAUACAUUAGACUCUCCAGCUGUUUAAGCAAAUUAACACUACAGUAUAGUAACAAGAAUAAUGUUCAUCAUUUUAUUACAAAAUUGUUAAAAAUGUAAUACAAUGCAAUAGUAUGCAAGACAAGGUUGACUACCAAUUUUACUACAAUUUUUUAAAAAAAUGCUCAAAACCAAGCUGUCACUGAAUCCAAAGGACCAUUAAAUAUCCCUGAACUUUUGACAAUAUCAGCUUUUAAAAAUCUAACUGUAGUGGCAUUUAGCUACUACUUACAUUAGAAUACAGGUCUCCCUACCUACAUUACCUAUAUACAAUUCUGUACAGUUUUUAUACUGAAGCUAACAAUGAGCUGCACUCGACUUCACAUUCUUAGCAAAAUCAUUGACUUUUUGAGCACAAAAUCUUUACAGCAGCUUUAUAACUUCACUCUUCAUCUUCCUCCUCCUCACCUUCCUCCUCUUCUUCAUCUUCUUCCUCCUCCUCCUCCUCUUCAGGUUCUACUUUCUUCUUGGAGCCUGCUGGCCUACCUGGACCUUUCUUUCCUGCAUCACCCUUCCCCUUGGCACGUCCUUCUCACACUUCUCCUUUAGUUUUGCUGCCUUCUGCUCAAAGAGCUGUUUGUCUUUUGCUGUUUGCUCAGACCACAUUUCUCCUAGUUUCUUUGCCAAUAAACAUACUUGGGUGGUCACUUUAUCUUUGGGUGAUGCUCAGAACAAAAGAGGAAGAAAGCAGGUGGUGGUCUUUGUGGGGCAUUGGUGUCCUUUUUUCUUCUUCUUCUCCCCUUUAGAAGGAAUAUAAUUUUUCAUCUCCCUGUCAUAACGAAGUUUAUCACCCUUUGCCAUGUCUUCAAACUUGUCUUUUUCUUUUGCUGACAUUGUCUGCCAUCUCUUGGAGCAUUUAUUGGAGCAGUCAAAAAAGUUGAUUGAAGUGUCCAGGUGCUUCUUCUUAUGCUCCUCGCGGCACGUUUGCACGAAAUAAACGUACAAGGACAUUUUGCCCCAGGGCUUGUUCGGGUCGCCUUUGCCCAUGGCUGGGGCAACGGUCCCUGAUCAGUGGGGAAAGAUGUCUGUGGUACUUAGCACCUUGCCUGGUGGAGCUGAGGAAGAGAAACAGUGGCCAUUAGCGAUGUCAAGAGUGGGGGUCAAGUAAAGAGCAUGGAUCACCUUCCUUCGCUGCAAUCGAAUCAUGUUUUAUUGAUGUUUUAAUGUGCUGUAAACUGCUUUGAGAUAUUUCUUAAAAAUAUAAAGCAGUAUAGAAAUUAAUUAAAUAAAUAAAUAUAGAACUAUAGAGGAGAUUCUGUCAUUGCCAGAUGCAGCUAUGUUUUCUCCUUGUACCUGUCUCACUUGCCUUUGUGUCCCUACAAGGUUAUGUGAUGCAGAUGGUUCAAGUGAAUGGCCAGAGCAGCUUUGUGGUAGGAGCCCCUCGCUACCAACAUGCUGGCAAAGUCUUUUUGUUCAGCCGACAAAAUUUGCAGUGGCAGAAGACAUCAGAGUUGUCUCCAAAGGAGGUAAGAAGGCUUUGGGAUGAACUGUGGGUUGUGUCAGUGCAUAUCUGAGCAUGUUUCCUUUGCCUGUGGCAAUUAAAGUUGACCAUGCAGCCCACAAAGCAGGAUCUCCCAUUGAAAUGACUUCCCUUAAUUCUGACAAACUGUUUUUAAUUCUCACUGUACAUUUGAAUAACAGAACAGAGCCUCAGUCUUUAUAUUUUAUGGAACCCCAGGCAGAGAUCCACAUGUGUACCUCCAGACCUCACUAUCUGGCCCUCAAGACUCCCCGGGCCAUACACUCUCAUUAGCCUCACCCCUCACUUCAUCUGCUUUGGCCCCUGCUUAAGUAAUGUUGCAUGCCAUCCCCAAUCUCUGAGUGGUGUGAGAUUCCAAGGAGUUCCAGAAACGCUAACCCAGAGUUCAUGUUUCCUUUCAGCAAUGAGGCACAGUGGAGACUUUGGUGCCUUUAUGAUAUAAGGUUUAUUUACACAUACAGUGGAACCUCUACUUAUUAGCACCUCUGGUUACGUAUCCUUCGGGAUAUGCAUGCAGCAAACCCGGAAGUAUUUUUCUGGGUUUAGCCAUGCGCGCAGGUGCAGAAGCGCUCUACCGAGCCACGCACAUGUGCAGAAUAGGCACCUCCGGUUGUGAAAACCUUGGGAUCUGACCAGAGCUCCAGAAUGGAUCCCGUCCACAACCAGAGGUACCACUGUAUACAACCUGAGCCUACAAUGAAGGGACUCACAGCAUCAAGGCCCCAUGAGGCUCUUGCUUCUCCCAUAGCUGCAGCUUUGGAUUCAAACACAAGAGCUGUCUGGCACAGAAUCUCCUUUCCUUGACAUUUUUUAAAUGGCCCAUCACUUUCCUUUUGCUCUCCUUAGUGGCUCUUCUCCCAGACAAUUUCCUGAACUUGGGAAGCUGACUGGUUUUAAAUUUUAACUCUUGCUAAAUCCCAUGUCUGGCACCCAGGUUAACACCCCAAGCAUUGAUUAAAUUCUAGCACCCUUUGGUCCCAUGAAUUUAGGGGAAGUCAUAAAUCCAUAAUAUUUGUGCCUGACUUGAAUGUGCCAUUGAGCUAUGAUAAGGCUUCUUGCUUUCCUUGAUGGAGGCUAGAGAGGGUGUGAAGAAACUAGCCUACUGUACAAAGGUAGCAGUCACAUUUAUUUUUCCACCCACUUUUGCCUCUGGUCCCACCUAUUACUGGCAGGUGGCCCCCAGAAAGUUUCUCAGAAAGAAAUGUGGCCCUCAGGCAGAACAAGGUUCCCUGUUCCUGAUUUAUAAGUACCACAACAACAAAAGUAACUUUUGAAGUAUCUAGAGACUUGGGCAAGGUGUUCAAUCCUGGAAGUGUUGUAGUUGCAAACAAUGAACUGGUUGCCAUUUCAAACCAUUUUAACUGUCAUUACUCUCACCUAGGGAAUUCUGGGCACUGUUAGCAUAUGAAACCUUUAGCAACAUUAUAAAACUUUAGUCUCCACUGUUCUUUGUGGGAAGCCAUGACAGCUACAUCUGUCUCAAAACGUUUGAAAUGUCCUGCUGCACCAUGUUUGCCUACAGUAUAAAUCUCCCUCUCUUUUAGCCCCAGGCAAUGAAUGAAUGGAUGGGAGAGUCCACUGGAUGGGGAAAAGAAGAAGAGAAGGAUGUGUAAAUGCCUGGGGUCAGGGAGAUCAAGAAAUGGAAAAAGUUUAACAAUGGUGAUUUUUAGUCCCCCCAGAUUGGCUCCUACUUUGGUGCUACGCUUUGCUCCGUGGACCUUGAUAGAGACAAAAACACAGAUCUGGUUCUUAUUGGUGCUCCCAUGUACUAUGACGGCAUGGCAGGAGGAGUGGUCUACAUCUGCGAGAGGCAGGUAGGUGAAGGGGAAUGCAGGCUUGCCCUUUGUACUUGGUGGCACAAGGCAACUACCAAGAGCAGUUAUUUGAGGGCAGGGAUGUAAGAAGGCAUCCUUUCCCACUCCACCCUGUAUUUAUUGAAUGCAGCACUGUUCUGUUCCGCUGCAGUUUAACUCCCACCCAAAACUAUGCUAUUUGUCUCACUGUUCAAUGUGGCAAAAUUCCAUAACUUUCAGAGUGUACAUAUGUAAUUAAACACAUAAACAUCAUAAGUUACAUUACCAUGAAGUUAUUUCAGCCUAUGCAUUUCAUUGCAAAAGAAAUGUAAUGCAUAGGUGCGGGUGGGGGAGAGGGGAACAUAGUGACAUAUCGUUUGUGGACUGAAAGCAACAACAACAGUGAAUACUGAUUGUAUUCACUAGAUUUGUUUCCAUUCCAGAAAUGGGAUGAAUACACGAACAUCAGCAAUUUCUUCUCCCAUUUUUCUUUUCAUCAGAAUUUUCUAUCAUCCCUGUUUGAGCACAGCUCUUUUUGUAGCAGUGGGACAUCAAAAGUAUUUUCCUUUCCUAGAGCACGUUUUGUGCUUUGGUUUCUUUUGCGAAAGCACAAGAGGUUUGAAGGAAGGCUGGGCAGUGCUAAUUAAACAGCGGAACAGACCCCUUUAUAGGGCAUCACAUUGUUCUGUAUUUCUGUACUCCUGGCUGCUGACAGCUGGCAGCUAAUGAUGUAGAGUGAGGUCAGGGAAGGACACAUGGAAUGUUGUGAUGUCACACAGCACAAAUUACAGCUCUUCCAAGUUGCUGGGUGGAGGAAGCAGGGAGAUAGUGUUUGAAUGUCAUGUUUUUCAAUGACAUUCAUGGAUUUUCCCAGCCCUGAUAGCAGGGGAGAGGAGAACUGGGACAUCCACCAAAGAACCAGAUAGAUAGCUGCUUUACUUAUAGAAAUGAAGAGAUGGGAAAAGUAAUUGGCGCCCACCAAUGGGGAUGGUCAGAGCCCAAUGUGAGCUGGUCUUUUUCUCAUCAAGGGCUCCAAAGUGUCUUGCCAAAUGGAAAAAUGGGAAGUGCAGAAUGAAAGUCAGAAGGGACUGCUUCCAUAAUUUCUAUAAAUUACAGGGCAUUCACUGUCUUACUAGUUUGAUUCCUUUGAGUCUGUCCCCUUUCUGGCACAAGGGGGUGCCAUAGAACAAAUAGUCCAGGAGAUUGAAAAUAGAAGGAACAACUUCAUCAGAACUAUUUUGGUUUCAACCCCUCAAGUGUCCCCUUUCAUCAUUUGCCAGGAGGAUGGGUUUUUCUGCAGCCAGAAAUUGCGGGGGGCAGCCAAACAGCCCUUGGGCCGCUUUGGAGCCAGCAUAGCAGAAAUAGGCGAAAUAACUGGGGACCGAUGGACGGAUGUGGCCAUUGGGGCUCCAAUGGAGGAUGAGAACAGAGGAGCUGUGUACAUAUUCCAUGGGAGCAGAAGAUCCAUCAACCCAGCAUAUAGCCAGGUGAGCCCUCAGCCCCCCUACUCCAUAGCAGGAAGCGCAGGCAACUGUCAUUUCACUGUCUGGUAGUCCAAGAAGGCUGAAGCUUGAAGAAGUUACUUUAUCAAUGAAGGAGCUCAGACUGGAAGUUUAUAUAGGAGCUUGAGGCUCCACCCCUUCCUGUCUAAUGAUCUAGGCAGGUACUUCCAUGCAUGUUCCCCUCCUCCUGAGUAGCCUCAUGUGCAGCUAACUGGGCACUUCCAACAACCCUGAAGUUCCUGCCUGGCUCACUGUCACUUUAGCUCCUGUGCCCCUGGGGUAGAUUGGGGUGAUGGGGGUAGUCCAAGAGCCAGCCAGGAACAAAACAUCUGGGAUGGGUGGCCCCCAGUCUUGGGACAAGGUCAUCUAGAUCCAAAGGCUCUUCAGGGUCACUGGUGGUAUGAAGAUCUGCUGGAGGGUCCUCCUCUAAGGAGACCUCAGGCACCAACCUCUCCUUCUUUCUCCUGCUCCUAGCGCAUCCAAGGCUCUCUGCUUCCCAAUAGGCUCCAUUACUUUGGCCAGGCUAUUGGUGCCGGGAGAGAUCUGACUGGAGAUGGACUCCCAGACGUAGCAGUGGGGGCUCAAGGAAGAGUGCUGCUGCUGAGGUAAGGAGCUUCGGGACUCUUGGAGCCAACUUUUUUAAAAAAAGUCUGCAUGCACACUUCCUUUGUAGUACAUUAGAGAGUAAUCAGUCUCUCAUUAAUAAUUUUAAAAAGGAAUUCUAAUCAAUUAAAAUAACCCUUUUAAAUGGUUGAGCAAGUAGUAGUGUCAGUCACAAGCAGGAAUGCCAAGAGCUCUCUGGACUGAUCCAAUGUAUUUUGGUGGCUGAGGUGGGAGAUGCAAAUAGAACUCCUCCCCUAAUUAAUUAUCAUGGAACAUAGCUCACACUGAUAACAAAGAAGCCUAUAUAGGAGAACCUCAGAGUUGUGUCUUCCAUUCUGCUUCCCUUAAUGGCAGAGUUGGCAUCCACAGUCUAAGCGAGCUGUUGCUUCAAGUAGGGACACCUUUGAAGACCUCAUCCAAAACCACAACUCUUGUACAGCUUAGUCCUGCUCAGUAAGCCAGGGCGGUGAUGGCAUUUCCCAUGUCAUUUGAAUGCUGAGAACAUGCAAUAUCCCAGCAACAGAAAUGUCCCACACAGCACAAGAUGAUGUGCAGACUGGACAUGUGACAAUUGUUUGGAAUGCACUUCUUUUAAACACUUUGCAAAUAUAACCCAUGGUUGGAAUGUCCGGAUGGCACUAGCCCUGUGCUCCCCAGUGGGCUACGUAAUGAACCUUUGUCUCCCUCCAACUCAAAUUCCUACCCCAUUCUGUCUGCAACAGGGCUCGGCCCGUGGUACGAGUAGUACCCACUAUCACCUUCACCCCGAAUGAGAUCCCCAUCGCUGCCUUUGAAUGCCAGGACCAGGAUGUUCUGAACAAGGAAGUCAGUAAGGCAACUGUCUGCCUCACUGUUAUGAUGGAUCCUCGGUUUACACAAGGUAGGCCCAAAGCACUUUGAGGGAGUAAGCUGGGCUUGGGUGCUAGCUGACAGUGCACAUAACAUGCUGAGGACAGGAGGACCCCUCAGUACAAGAAGUGGGGCAACAGAGAAGCUGGCUUGCCACACAGUUUGAUUACCCAUCAUUACCAUAUUCCUGUGGCUUUUCAAACUGUGUUCCUAGAAUCCUCUGGGUCCCUGAGAAACUUAUCAGAAGUUCUUCCAUGUUGCAAUUACUAAUGAUGGACAGCUUCCCAUCAAGAUAGCUUGCUUACUGCUACUGACUUUCCCAUGCAAUGUACAUCUGAAAAGGAAUACUGGUACAAUUGGACACACUCCGGGUGAACUUCUGCUUUGUGUGAGGUAACAGUGAAGUCCCUGAGGCUUACUCCACACCCACAUGCGCUGAAUGUUUCACCCUGGAGCACAACUCUAAUGCUUUGUUUGAAAGCUACUGCCAGAUUUUGAUGUGAGCCCUUCAUUGAGUCCAGUGCCCCUAGAGAGCCCAGAAGGGAGGGUGUUAGCAAGGAGAUGGCCCCCAGUUAUAAGACCUAGUAUUGUGAGCUUCCUCUUAACUUGGUAGGCAUUUCAUUCCUCAAUACUGGAUGCAUAGCUUUAGCUACGAGCAUCAGAAGUUCACAAGGAUUUUGUGCUAAAGGGCCUUUGCAGAGAAUCUGCACAGCACACUGUAUCCCUCAGAAUCCUAUUCUCUGUGUUGUCUUUUCAAUUCCUCUCCCUCAGGCAGCAGCAUUUUGAACACCAUUCAGUACAAGUUGAACUUGGAUCCUGGUCGAAUGAGGGUUCGGGCCAUUUUUAACGGAAACCCAGACUCUUCCAUCAUCACCAAGGAGAUAAAAAUGGGACUGAAGAGACACUGUGAGGAGUAUCGCAUAAAGUUGCCGGUGAGUUCAGAGAUCCAGUGGAUGUUUAAAGCAAAGACAAAUGUUGGCAUUUGGGUCCAUGAAACAAGUGUUGUCACCACUAGGGAUAGAAGGAUCUGUCAAUGUCAGUUUCUCAUUUUUCCAAUCUUAAAUUCACUUAAAUUCACUUUGCAGCAAUUUCUGAUUUUUAAAAAAAGUUAUGAAAAUUAAUCCAUAUUUUAAUGCAUUUUUUCUUAAUAAACAAAUUUUUAUAUGCAGUUCUGACUAACAUACACAAUUUUACAAAAAGUUUUCCCUGAUGUAAUACAUUUUGUGUGCUAUUUUCACCAAUGUGAUGUACACUUCCCCUAAUAUAUGCAUUUUUGUAAACAUUGGUUAGUUGGCAAACUGCAUAGCAAAAUUUGGAUAAGUGCAAAUUUCAAGGGAUAGCUGUAUUUCUGUUUGCAUGCUGUUUUGGAAAGUGCAAAUUUGGUAGAUUCAGCUUCAAAUGAAACCUGGAUCAAAUUUCUUUCCCAUCUCUAAUCACAAAAUAAAGCAGAUCCUCACUUAUUUUUAUUUCUUCUCCCCCUCCAUUACGCAAGACCUGCGUAGAAGACAGCUUCACACCCAUAAACCUCCGGUUGAAUUAUACUCUCAUUGGAGAUCCCAUUCCUGGUGCUGACAACCUGCAAGCCAUCCUAAGCAAAGAUAGCUCCCCUAUAUUUACAGCACCGGUGAGUCCACACACUCUCUGUUUCCUGUCUGGUUGAUCAGUCUGUAAAUGGAAGUGGCAGAGACGAAGGGCUUAAUUUAUAUAGGGAAAUGGUCUUUGAUCAUUUUCCUUUCUUACCACUUCCCAUUUUUCACCGUUUCACACUAUAAGUGUCUUCCCUGAAACUCUCCUUUAGCAGCAAGAAGAACCUCCAAUAUAGAAGGGCCAUUGGUUCCACAUUCUAGCUAAAAAAAUCUCAGCAGUGUUCAGCUGACUAAAUGUACUUGCUCUUCUUCCACUGCUUUUCCCUAGAGAAAACUGCUCUUUAGCAUUCAUUCAGAGCAAAUUCAAUCAGAGCAGGGCAAGGGGGAAAUUGCUUGAAAAACUUCUAGGUGGAAGUUUGGAUGAACCCUAAGUUUCAUAGUCUGUUAUUACAUGCAGCUGGCUGUCACUAGGGUGCAGGGAAGACUUGUACACCUAGGAAGACUUAGGUUCAGAUUUCCACUCAGUCAUGAAACUCAUUGCAACCUUUGGCUGGUCUCUCUCUCAGCCUAACCUACCUUGACAGGGUUGUCACCUAGAGUGCCUUCAAGUGGAGAUUCCCAAAGGUUUCCAUUGCCCCUUUUCUGCUUCAGACAUUGUUGCUUUAAGAAGUCCCAUGCACCUUGAGGUAGCAGCUUCUGUUGCUGUCUUCCACCACCCAUCUGCUCCCCCAUUCUAUAUGUUAAUUGGUGGUGGGGAAUUCCUCUUCAGUCUUCCCUUUUCUCAGUCACCUGAACAGUAGGAGUGGAAACCACAGGGAAGAGAGAUAGUACAUGAGGUUGUUGUAUGAGAGUGUGUGGGGUGGCCUAGCCCAUUUUGGUUUUGGCCCUGCCCACAGCUGGCAGGCAGCUUCCAGAAGGUUAGGAAAGUGGGAAAUGUGAAAACGUUUUCACAUUUCAGCUCUAGACAACAAAAUGUUACUAGCUUCACCCAUCCUCAAACUCUGACAAUGUUUGUACCCAUGGGCAUAGCCAGGAUUUUUGUUGUGAGGGGCAGGACUUUUGUUGGGGGGACAGGACUUUUGUUAGGGGGACAGAACCAAUGUGAUUGGUCAGUUAAGUUAAGCAUUUCUAUUGCUUUACUUGACCUAGGGGGCAGCUGCCCCUCACCCUCCCUUGACUAUGCCCAUGUCUGUACCCCACCCUUCUUCUCUUCACAGCUACAUUUUCAAAAGAAUUGUGGUGCAGAUGGAGUCUGUAAAGACCAGCUAAAAACCUCCUUCAAUUUCUCAGGGUAAUGUAUCUUUUUUCUUCUUCAUGUCACCCUACUCUGCUGCCCAGACUCACUGAACCUGGUGCAUUUCAGGUGCUCGUGCCUUCAGUGUUAGAGCAUUGCAGGGUAGAAUGCUAGGUCUCAUCUCUUAGCCUCCCCCCAUAAUUUCCUCUCUUCAUGGCUUAAUUAGAGCCAAGAUGCAGAAUACACUUUGAUUUCCAAGGCUCAUCUCUGAAACACAUAAUAAUAAAUGUAGUAACAAAGGAGGAUGGGCAUGUAGAGAGUGUUCCCUCCCCACCCCCCUGAGCUUCCGUGGGCCGGGUCAGGGUCUCCACAAUGGAGGGAGUGACUUCCAGGCAGGAUUGAGCCCUAAGACAUAUUGUCUUAGGAUAAGGCUAUUAGCAGCUACUACCCCGGAAGGCUAUGAUCUGCUUCCACUGUCAAAGGUCAUAUGCUUCUCAAUACCAGUUGCUGAGAAUCACAGGUGGGAAGAGUCACUAUUGCACUCAGGUCCUGCUUGUGGACUUCCUAUAGGCAUCUGGUUUGCCACUGUGAAAAUUGGAUUCUGGUCUGGAUGAGCCCUUGGCCUGAUUUAGCAGGGUCUUCUUACUUUCUUAAGCUUAGAAGAGACCCUCUUCUUUUUUUCCUUCAGCCUGGACACACUGGUGGUGGGCCUGACCCCUGAGCUCAAUGCUACAGUCUUCAUUCGGAAUGAUGGGGAGGAUUCCUAUGGCACCACUAUAACCUUCUUCUACCCUUCCGCACUGUCCUACCGCAGGCUCUCGUUUUUGAAGGUAUAAGAGGCAAAAGGUGGCAGUUUGGCAACAGGGGAUCGGGGCUGGCCUAAAAGUUUGUUGCUCACUAUCUUAACCAAUUCCCCAAUCUGAUCCCUCCCACUGCAGUCCAAAAGGAGAAAUGUGGCUGUUAAAUGUGCUUCUACCCCUUCAGCAGAGGAUGACCCCAUGAGGAACACCACCUGUAACAUCAACCACCCCAUCUUUCGGGCUGGGGCUGAGGUAAAGUCCUUCUGUAAGCAAGUGGACCAGGGAACUGUGGUCAUCUGGUUAGGAUCUCUACUCUAACAGAGUAGACUCCUCCUCUCUCCCCAAAUAACACCUGGCUGCCCUCUCACUCGUUUAUUGUGUCAUCAUCUGUUGCAGGCUGUUUUCAUUGCCACCUUUUCCGUCUCCCAGAAUGCAGAUCUAGGGAGAGAGAUACAGAUCAAUGCCACAGCUGGCAGGUAAGGUUUGAUGUGCCUGGCUUGGGAGAUGUUCCUAUUUGACCAGCUUGAAUCAGUUUCACUUCAGUUGUCAUGAUGGCUAGGCCACAUUCAAACUGGUUUGUAAUGCAAUCCCAAUAAAUUCUAAUCAGAAGUAAGUCCCAUUGAGUUACGGUAAAUGAAACUUACAGUCACAUAAGAUUUGCAGCCUUAAAUGUAUAAUGAUGGGACUCAGAGAGUGUCCAUUCAUAAAUAAUUUAUUAUUUUUAUCCCACCCAUCUGGCUGGGUUUCCUCAGCCACUCUGGGCAUCUUCCAACAGAAGGUUAAAAAUGCAUUCAAACAUCAGUCAUUAAAAACUUCCCUAAACACGGCUGCCUUCAGAUGUCUUCUGAAUGUCAUAUAGUUGUUUAUUUCUUUGACAUCUGAUUCUUUUUCAUUUCCAUGUGAUAAAAAAUAACAACCAUACAGCAACUUGCAUUACUUGUAUAUGUAUUUUUUUCGCAGAUGCACAUACUGUAUGCAUUUAGAAAUGCAUUUUUAUAUGCCACACUUUUGAGCUAAGAAUUACAUUGCAACAUUCUGAGAAGCAUGAAAACUAGAGGAUAACUGCAUCCCAAUUUGCAUAUUAGUCUAGGAAAUACAAAUCAGGUCAUGAGUAUCCCUAAUACAUUCUAACAGGCAGUGGGAUGGGGGAGAAAUUUGACCCACUUCACAUUUGCAAGCAAAUCUACCUGAUUCACCACCAUAUUCCCCAAACAGUAUGGAAACCAAAACACAGGCACCCUUUAAAAUCUGUACUUUUCUGAAUUUUGGAAUGCAGUUCUCCAGUCAUGGAAUGCUGACAAAAAUGCAUAUGCUAAGCUAAAGUGUGCAUACAAAUAGGCUAGUGAAAAUAGCAUACAAAAAUGUAUUAAAUUAGGAAAAAUAUAAAUAUUAGGCAAAAUACACUUUGCAAAAAUGUGUCUAUCAUUCAGAAUUACAUAUAUAAAUGUGAAUAAUAGAAUUUUGGACCCAGAUACUGGUGAAUUUUCAUGGGGGCUCAUAUAAAUGUGAAUAAUAGAAUUUUGGACCCAGAUACUGGUGAUUUUUCAUGGGGACUCUUUAAAAAAACACAGACUGAUGUGGAGAGCUGAACUUCAGAAUGAAAAAGAGAUAAAAUGAAAGCAAAAUGAACAGAUUCGCCAAGCCCUAAUGUUGUAGAACCACAGUGCAUGUAGCAGUGUAUGAUGGGGCAGUGGCAUACGUGAUAAUUGUUCCAGUCUUCACUCUGCCUCUCUCUCUCUUUUCUAGUGACAACAAUGGCCCUGUCACUCCGGACAUGAUUCACCAAGCGAAGCUGCUUGUCAAAUAUGCAGUAUAUGUCUUUGUUAAUGCGUACGUGACUGCAAGUAUUCUGGGAGCAUCCCAGCCCACCACCCAGCUGCCCUUCUCAACUCACUAUCGACUGUCAGAAGGCUUGUUUGCACAACCACUGUUUUUCUUAGGGCUAGUGCCCUAGAAUAAUGAUCCUUCUGUACAAACAAGAAAUUCCAGCCAUAUAUCUUUUCCUAAUUAUCAUGGGUCUAUGUUUCAUGGCAGCUCUAUAAUUUCAGCCACUUAAUGGAACCCACCCCCUUUUUGUUCCAGGGGUUGAAAGACCUAGAUGAAACAGCAUUUGCUGGUUUUCCAGGGCUUGAUUGGCUUUCAAAAGAUUUCAACUUCAGCAGACCUCAUAAGCCUAUAAAGCAGAGAUAGUGAACCUAUUACUAUUACCACCACCACUACUAUUACUACUAUUACUCAGUCUGAUAGCAACACUGACCUCAUACACGCGUACUCCAUCUCUCUCCCCAAGAAGCUGCACAUUUUCUAUACUGGUUUAGAUACUUUGGUGGAGGAUAAAAUAGUGGUCUUCUUGCAAUCCUUUUGUAUUAAUCCCUAACAAAGUAAUUAGGAUCCAUCUGGUGAUAUUUCCACAUAUACCGUAUUUAGAAAUCAAUUUCUAUUCCAAUGCCUAUUGAAUUUUCAGCUUCCUCAUUUUCUUCUGUUUAAUUAAUUAUUUUGGAUGAAUUCAAGUUUAAUGAAUUUGAAUCUUUUGGAAUUUGCCACUUCUGAUUUAUUGGAUAACCCCCAUUUUGCAAAUAACUGGCCAAUUUCUGUUUGCUGGCUAUUGCCCUGCAGCGUGCUGUUUGUUGGCUAUUGUCUUGCAGUGUAAUACUAAGCAUGUCUACUUGCAAGUCCCACUGAAUUUAACAGGGCUUCCUUUCAGCUAGAUGUGCAUCAUCAUAAUAAUUUAAAUAUUUUUAUUAUUUAUACCCCACCCAAAUGGCUGGGUUUCCCCAGCCACUCUGAUCAGCUUACAGCAUAUAUUGAAACAUAAUAAAACAUCAAACAUUAAAAACUUCCCAAUACAGGUCUGUAGUUCUUUAUCUCCUUGACAUCUGAAGGGAGGGUGUUCCACAGGAGGACGCCAUUACUGAGAAGGCCCUCUGCCUGGUUCCCUGUAAUUUCGCUUCUCACAGUGAGGGAACCAGCAGAAGUCUCUUGGAGGAGGACCUCAGUGUCCAGGCUGAAUGAUGGGGGUGGAGAUUCUCCUUCAGGUAUACUGGGCUGAGACCAUUUAGGGCUUUAAAGGUCAGCACCAACACUUUGAAUUGUGCUCUGAAAUGCACUGGGAGACAAUGAAAAUCCUUUAGGACUGGUGUUAUAUGAUCCCGGCGGCCAGUCACCAGUCUAGCUGCCGCAUUCUGGAUUAGUUGUAGUUUCCGAGUCACCUUCAAGGUGAUAUCAGCAUAGCUGAUAUCAAUCACUUACUCAGUUUUCUUGGUUCAAUCAGAAUAUACUCAUUUCAGGAGGACAUGCUAAAAUGAAUGGCAUUGGCUGCUAGAAAAUAUUGACCCCAUCUAAAUUGCCAUAGCAAUGCUAUGCUUUGAUCUUCCAAAAAGCCAUUGGAAUGCAUUGGUCAAACCCAGAUUGAUUGCUUGACAUAGUGAUUUUUCUCAGACCCCCACCUCUUUUCUUCCAGUGUUGAUGUGUCAACCAAGUAUGUCAAUUUUUCUGCUGGUCAGGAAGACGGAAAUCAGACUGUGGAACAUCGCUAUGAGGUGAGGGGUUUGUGGAGCAUUGUGGAAUUAAGAAUUUGAAAAAGGCAAAAUUUAUGUGGAUCAGGUUUAGGGAAUAAAUCCGGACCUUCAGCUAAGGGCUUCAGAGCAGCACAACACAAUAUGUCAUACUGGAGCCACUCUGGGGAGUGUGGUUGGCUGCAUCCCUCUUGCAGGACAUCAUCUUGUAUUAUGUUGCUCUGAAGCUGUUCUGGGAAAUGUAGGCAGAAAGAAGAGGCAUGGUGGGUGUGUGCAAGCAGCACAGAACAAGCUCCUUGGUUUAAAAGUUUAAAAAGAUGGAAAGAGCCCUCACCCACCUUAUACAACUGCUAUCCUGGCCCCAAGGCUGCAACUGCUUGAGCCAUAUAGUAGGCGAGAAGGGCUUGGCAGUACAACAAUCAUUUGUAGGAUGGGGGUGGGAAAAUAUGUCACAUUUGGUUUCUAUCAGUUUCUCAAAUUUCCAGUCUUCAGUUCUCCACAUUUCCACAUCAGUUUGCUUAAAAAAAAGAAAAGUUCUCAUGAAAAUUCACCAGCAUUUUAGUGCAAAUUUCUCCCAAUAUACAUACAAUUUUACCUAAUUUACACAUUUUUGCAAAGCAAUCUUCCUGAAUAAAAUGCAUUUUGGUACAUUAUUGUGUGUGUGUGUGUGUGUGUGCGCGCGCGCGCGCGCGCAUUACCCUAGUAUUUAUAUAUGCAUUUGGCUGGAGAACUGCAUCUCAAAAUUUGGAGAAGUGUGCAUUUCAAAGGAUGACUGUUUCAUUUUGCACAUUGCUUCAGAAAGUACAAAUGUUUUUUCAUGUUUGAGGUUUUACUACUGUAUGUUUUUAUAUGUACUACAAGCUGCCCAGAGUUUCCCCAGCCAGAUGGACAGGGUAUAAAUAAUAAAAUUAUUAUUAUUAUCAUUAUUAUUAACUUAGGUAGAUUUGACUUUAAAUGCAUAUUGAAUUGAAUUUCUCUUCCAUCCUUAUUGUGGAAUGGGGAAAAUAUAUCUUGGUUAGUGAUAGCAAUGGGCUGAUUGUUGGGCUCCUGUCACAUUUAUACAGGAUCUUCUUCUUGUUUAGGUGAAGAACACAUAUACACGAAAGGUUCCUGUCUCAAUCACGUUUAAGUUCCCUGUGCAACUGAAUGGGACAUGGGUGUGGAAUGCAUCCGCGGACAUCCUUCCUGAGGUAUAUCCUUCUGAGACCAAAUAUGAUUUCUUUUUUGUUAAUAGGACUGAAUUAAGUACUGGUGUAGCAAUAGUAUACAACCAGAAAAAUUUCAACCUUCAUAAUACUAGAACUUGGGUUACGCAAUAAAAUUGAUUGGCUGGAAAUUCAAGGGGGACAAAGAAAAUACCCCUCCACAUACCACAUCAAUUUAUGGCUCUCUUUCAAUAGAGGAGUGUAUAUCCAGAGUGGGCCAUCUCCUUCUCCAUGUUCUAGCGGCAGGGCUCAUUCAGCAAGCUCCUUUUGUAUGAAUGAAGCCCCUCCCAGUUUCAAUCCUGCCUAUUCAGUUCCUGUGCUAGAUUUGAGUGAGAUUUAAUCGGAGAAGCUUUUUAAAGCCAUUUUGAGAGCCUCUCCAGGCUAUUCUAUAAGUAAAUAGAGGCAAAUUAGACAAAAUUAUGGAGGAUAGCCCUAUCAAUGGCUGCUGGCCAUGAGUGGAGAAUGGAUCCUCCAGGUUCAGAGGCAGUGUUGCUGACUAACAGGUGCUGAGACAAACAACAGUGGAUGGCUGUUUCCAUCACGGUCUACUUGUGAGUUUCCUAAAAGUACCUGACUGGCCAUUGCUGGACCUGCUGUUCCUUUUAUCUGAUUCGUGAGAGCAAGUUUUAUGUUCUUCCCCACCUGCUGGUUCCAUGGUCACAACAAAAGAAUUAAUAUCUGCCCUCUACUCAUAAGCAUGAACAGUGUCAGACUUCCAUUGCUGCUUAACACGCCUCUUCCCACUGUCAUUCUCAGUACAGUUGAACCAUGCUACCUAACCUGUGUUAAGAGAUAUUCUGCAUGUGCCCUGAGCCUUGAACUAGCAUACUUGUUUAGACAAACAGUGUGGAAAUACAUGAAUUACAAGUGAAAGGCUUCUGUGAUGGCUAUUCUUAGCCCAUUACAUAUAUGAAAUUUGCUUUCCCUUUCCCUAGAUGAACCACCUAGUUCAGUGUGCCCCUGAAGCAGACACCCAAGGGGCCAAAGAUUUUGUGGCAGAACUAAGAAAGAAUUCCAUUCUGGUGAGUACAUCCCCACUGUAAAGUACAUCCCCUUAUUUCAGAAGCACCUGGACUGGGUGACUCUGGGGACCCCUUUAGGUUAAGGGGUAGCUAUACUCAGCAUCAACACUUUAUCUGAGGAUAUCCUUGCACCUCCUUCCAGGACUGCUCUGUGGCCGUCUGUAAAACGAUCCGGUGCAACAUUCCAUCCCUGGGGCAGAAGCAACCACUGGAGUUCAGCAUCAAGGGGAAGAUGGGAUUCCAAUGGGUCUCCCAGGUAUGAAGGCCACUGCUGGGGCUUUAUUGGUGCAGGGGUGGGAAGGUCAUGUAAGAUGUUAACAUGCUUCUGUGCGGCACACCCAAACCAGCUGCAUCUUUGGGUGCAGCCAUUCUAUGAACCCCAGGAACUCUUCUUCAGUGGUGACCAGACUUCUCAACAGAACCCUCACCAAAUGACAGUACCUAGGAUUCUUUGGGGGACCCUAUGACAAUACGUUAUACAAAUAUGCUCACAGUCAGUUACAUCUCUAUACCAACAAAGGAACUUCAUAUAUAUAUAUAUAUAUAUAUAUAUAUAUAUAUAUAUAUAUAUGAGCCAGUUACUCCUUUUGGAUCCCUUCUUGGUGAAAUCUCUCAGGCGAAUACCUUUCCCACCUCUGAGAGGGUUUGUCUCUGUCUUUCAGACCCAGCAGAAGAAAGUGACCCUGGUGAGCUCAGCAAGGAUUUCUUAUGAUGAGAAAAUAUAUACCCAGAAAGAGGGCCUUCCACAGAAUCAGGUAAUGAUGGGUCAAAAGGAGACACACUGUCCAUAGGCCAUAGCUAGGAGCCAGGACAUCUCCAGAUGUUGUCUAGAAGGAGCUGGGAAGGAGUUAGCAUUCCAGGCUACCUUUUGUAGCUCUGGAUGAGGCACGGUUCAAAUGAAUUAACCCUAGUGCAUGACGUCACCAGGUUCUCCCUCUCAGUUUUUUCCCUCUUACCCUGUAGGCGAAUACUGUGGUGGAAUUCCUGGAGCCUUACAACUACCUUCCUGUUAUCAUUGGCAGCAGUGUGGGGGGACUCAUUCUUCUUGCCCUGAUUGCUGCUGUUCUUUACAAGGUGAGGGCUGACAUUUAGAAGUAUGCUUAUAAGCGAGGGGAGGGCCUUUGGGAGUAACUUUGGCCCACAUCAAACACACACAAGUAGGGAGAUGGCUGGGGCAGAAAGCUGCCACACCUAAGUGGGGGUGCCCAGUGUACAAACGUGGUCUAUACUUGUUUCAUUGAUUCUUCUGGUGCCAUUUACCCAUUACCCCCAGGAUGAGCAAACCCUUCAUCUGAAUUUUCUCUCUCUGUGUGUUUGUUGCUCUCUUCCCUUCUUUCCAGGUUGGCUUCUUCAAACGACAGUACAAACAAAUGAUGGAGGCAGGAGAUGGUGAGGUGGCGGGAUCCCCACAACAAGACAGUGGUGCUGGCCCCAGUUCUGCUGCUACUAAAGGAUAGCCAAUCCCACAACCCAUGCCUUCUAUAGGGUAUCUUAUAGUAUGCCCACAAUAAUCAAAUGGACUGAACAAGAUGAGAUAAUUGCUCCUGAACAUAACCGAGGUCUGCUUCAUAGACUGCAGUUUCCUUAAAUAGAAAGAACUUUGAUGGUAGAAAAUGACCGUCACAUGUAUCACAGUUGCUCACAUGCUGAGGUAUGUUGGGGGGUAUGUAUGUGUGCACACAGAUAAAUAUGUACAUGUGACAUCAUUACAGGUAAUAACCUAUACAGGCGUCUCCCCACUUACAUGGGGGUUACAUUCCCAGGUACUGUGCAUAUACAGUCAUACCUCCGGUUACAGCCGCUUCAGGUUGUGUUUUUUCGGGUUGCAGACCGCCAAAACCCGGAAGUACUGCAGACGUGCAGACGCGGUUUGCGAAUGCUGCGGGUUGCAAACGUGCAUCCCGCACGGAUCACGUUCGCAACCCAAGCGUCCACUGUACGUGAAAUCAUGUGUAGUGGGGAACAACAUCUAAAAAGCUGAAUUCCACUAAAAAGCCACCAGAAUUACUCCCUCCAAACCUCCUUUCUCAAACUCCAAUUCUCCAAGGCCUCAAAGAUCAGUGCAAGGGCUUAUGGAAUUACUAGCUAUUUUCCUGCUAUUUUCGUGCCAUUUUUGCAGUUUUUCUGUUCUUUUCAGGCCAUUUUCGCCCUGUUCACACAUUUUUGCAGUUUAGAUUUAUUGAUUUAAUUGUUUCCCAAAACUUCACAUGUUCAUGUGCAAGUCAAACAUGCAUAAGUGGAGAAAUGCCUGUACCAGGAAUGGACAACUUGUGGUCCUCUAGCUGUUGCUGAAUAGCUCCCUGAUGGGAGUUGGAGUCUAACGCCAGGUGGAGGACCACAGGUUCCCUACUCCUGACAUACACACAGUCCUACAAAAAAGUGCUUUUUAUGCAGGAAAAUACGCCUAUCGUGGCUUUGAAAGCUAGGGAUCAUGGCUUCUAAUCCCUAUGACUAUGGGCUGGUGAAGUUCAGUCAUAUGUUGCAGAAGUGUGAGAAAGAGUUCCUUAUGUUUGUAGCACAUCCAGCAAUACACCUGUGAUAAAAUGUUAUUGUCCUUAUAAACGUAGCAGACUGAAAAGAAUGUGAACAGCAGCAUCUUAGCUGCCGGAAGGGAGACUGAACCAAAUUUAUGUGGUCAAGGGGUGAGGCAUAAGUGUCUUGCACAGUUCCUUCUCAAUCUUCCAUAGCAAUUAUUCACUGGUCCCUGCCCUUGUACUCCAGAUAUAACUAUCUCUACCCCCAAAUUCUCCCAGCUUUUGCAAAAAGAAAGGGGAGAGGUUUUGAAUAAAUGGAUCAUGGAAGAAAAAAAAGGGCAAAUAUCUGCAAAUGCACUUAUAAUCCAUAAAUUAAUCCUGGCCCUGGGUUUUAAGAUCUCAGGCACAGCAUUUAGAUGAAAUGCUUUUAGGUGAAAUGCUGGGAUUUUUCUGCCUGGGGACCAUGUUCCCUUACUGGAGAUAGAUGUAUCAGAUUGUUCCUCCUGCAGCUUAAUCUGCUGUGCAAACAGUUGCUGCCUGAAGAAGUCUCGUGGUUGGUUGUUUCUUUCAUUCACAGUUAUGCUGCAUCUUGGACUUGGUAUGUGGAUAUAAAUUUAUAACUAUCAACAUUAAAAAAUAUUUACAUGAUGCAAAUUUGAGCAAAAUACACAUGAAGUCAUCCAGGUCUUUAGGAACUGCAAACAUAGGAAGCACAGCAAUGCAAGCAAGAUCAGCUGCAAUCCUGACAGAUUUUUCACUGUUAAUUGGCUAUCAGGACUUCUUCAGGGGUGGGGUUGAACAUCUCAAGGCUAACCUCAGCAGCCCUGGCUGAAAGCUAUCAUCUAAUGCACUAGGUAUCAACUGUUUCCCAGCUAACCUCUUUUCCCUGAAAAUUUGGCAGAACAACACUCCCCCCCCACACACACACAUUCCCCCAAACUGCCUCCAAUACAAUACAAUUUGAAAUACCAAGAAAGUGCUCCACCCAUCAAAAUGAGAUUUUAUUAUCCCUGGAAACCUGUCUCAAAGCAGUAAUAAAGUUAUACAGGGGUAUAUGCCUCCCUGUCCCCCCGUAAGAGAGAAUGGCAGUGGUUCAGUGGUGGCUGCCUCCUUCAUAACCUGUGGGCAGUGGGUUGGUGUGAGGGUUAUGAAAGAAGGUGUGAUUUCCAUCACCCCAGGGGAAAGGCUGAAAAAGAAGGAGAGAGAAAGAGAACUGAGGGCUAGAUUGCCAGUACCCCCCCUUCCAUCUAUUUAUUUUUUAAAUUGCAUACCCCUUAAUAUAAUGAAGACAAUCAUUACAAUGAUAUUUUUUAAAGCUGCUAGCACAGUAUGAUGUAAAAUAGUAGACAACUAAAACCACAGAAUAAAAACCAAAGUCAGCUGACAUUUUGAAAGAC